UUUUGCUUGUCCCUUAUCUGUUUAGUUCGGCUUCGUUCCUUCUCAUGAGUGUGAAGUUUUGCACGAGUUAUUCUUCGUCGCCGUUCAACUUCGCUACUUCGACGACGUGUUGGAUCGGAAGUUACGACAUUUUUUGAUCGGAAGCAACAACGGGAGCUCGCUUGCUGUGAAGCUGUGCUUAAAUAUUCAUCUACAGUAGGAAUGACAACCGAGUCAUCAUCAAUAAUUAUUGAUGGGAAAUUAGUUGCAAAGAAAAUCAGAGAUGAAAUUGCUAGUGAAGUAGCAAGAAUUAAGGAUUCAACAGGCAUUGUUCCAGGGUUGGCAGUUAUUCUAGUAGGUUCGAGAAAGGAUUCUCAAACCUAUGUCCGGAACAAGAAGAAAGCUUGUGAAGAGGUUGGCAUUGAAUCUUUUGAGGCUAGUUUGCCUGAAGAUUGCACAGAGGAAGAUAUUAUCAAGCAUAUCUCCGACUUCAACAGCAAUCCUUCAGUCCAUGGCAUCCUUGUACAAUUGCCUCUACCUCAGCACAUAAAUGAGGAGAAAAUUUUGAAUGCUGUUACUAUUGAGAAAGAUGUUGAUGGUUUCCAUCCACUGAACAUUGGUCGGCUUGCUAUGCAAGGCAGGGACCCGUUAUUUGUCCCAUGUACUCCGAAAGGAUGCAUGGAGCUAUUGCAUAGGUAUAAUAUUGAAAUCAAGGGGAAGAGAGCUGUUGUAAUAGGGAGAAGCAAUAUUGUUGGAAUGCCUGCUGCAUUGUUAUUGCAGAGAGCAAAUGCAACAAUAAGCAUCGUACAUUCAAAAACCAAAAACCCGGAAGAAAUCAUAAGGCAGGCUGAUAUACUCAUUUCAGCCGCUGGAGUUCCAAAUCUGGUGAGGGGUAGCUGGCUAAAACCCGGUGCAGUUGUUAUAGAUGUUGGAAUCAAUGCUGUUGAUGAUUCAGAGAGCCCUCGAGGAUACAGACUAGUGGGCGAUGUCUGUUUUGGGGAGGCCUCCAGUGUGGCUUCAGCUAUUACUCCUGUACCUGGUGGGGUUGGUCCCAUGACUAUAGCCAUGCUUCUAUCCAAUACAUUGAGCUCUGUCAAGAGGAUACAUGAUCUCAAGUAAUAUUUGGUUAAUUUGACCAACUCUUUUACCAUUUGGAUUUUGGAUUAUCCCUAAAUGUUAUUGUUAUAAUUGAAAACAAAAAAUGAAUAAAGAAAUAAACGUUUGUGCUA